AUGGUGAACAAGUCCAUGCGAUGCGCGAGCAAGGCCGCCGAGAGCGCUUCCGCACGUCUCUGUGCGGACGCCGAAGCAGAAACCACAGCAACUUAUGUCUCAUCGGUCGCUGAAGCGACUCAGCCUGUGUCACCUGGUGAUGCAGGCGCUCGUCAUGAAGACACUCAUGUCUUCACAGAGUAUGAGCUCGGUGUCUCGUACUCUCCUGAUACGGAAGACGGAUCCGUAUCGACGGCGAUUGAAUCCAAGCCGCCUGCCAAGCGUGGCAUGUACGAUGCUUUGCGUCGCAGCAUCUUUGGUUCAUCUGAUGAAUCAGAUGAACCAUCGCCAAAGCGAAGGCGCUCGAGGUCGCGAGACUCGGGCGCUAACAGUGGUGUCGGUUCUCCUAUGGACACCACUUCGCAACGAGGUGCCAGUACUUCUGUUGGCACAUCGCAGGAAGAGCUGGAUCGCAAUCUCUUGCGUCUCGCUCCUGAGAAGAAGGCAUGGAUGCCUCCCAAAUCUAUCAUGGAUCACUUGUCGGCGACGACGAGUGAUCGUUAUCGAACACGGUUGUUCGAUUCGUCAAGGAUCCAUCACCUUGACUCCAGUGCGAAAAAAAUAUCGCGCUGA